AUGACCACCUCCGGCAUAUUCCGCUACGCCGACCCGGCCACCAUCGUCGACAGCGACGUCCCCUUUGUGAAGCCUUGGGCCAAGGUCGACACCGACGCCAGCUCCUAUGCUCGCAUCGCGAAGAAGAAGACGGUUGCCAAUGUCCGUGACGCGCCCGCCGGCGACCUGGCCGUGGACCGCUCCGGCUUUGCCCUCUACAACAGCCCGGCCACCGAGAAGCUCUUCGUCGACGAGGACGCCAUCCGCACGGGCUACUACGCCGAGGUCGAGGCCCUGGUGCGCGAGAAACUCUCCACCCCGCAGGAACCCGUCACCAAAGUCGUCAUCUUCGACCACACCGUGCGCCGCCGCAACCCGGACGCGCCGCGCCAGCCCGUGCAGCAGGUACACGUCGACCAGACCCCGGGCGCCGCCGCGGUACGCGUGCGCCGGCAUGCGAGCAGCGACCCGGCCGAGACCGAGAAGCUGCUAAAGGGCCGCUACCAGAUCAUCAACGUCUGGCGCCCCAUUGGCCACGCCGCCUCCGACCACCCGCUCGGGUUCAUCGAUUACCGCACCGCCAAGCUCGAGGACGUCGUCAAGGUCGACCUGCUGUACCCCAACCAGCCGGGCGACCCCAACGUCGAAGUCGACGUGCGCGGCAAAGAGGUCCUGCCCGACCCCACCAAGGCCCAGUCGACCGACGGCUACUCGGUCAAGGGCGAGACCUACACCGUCGUCCCCAACGACACGCACCAGUUCUACUAUGUCAAGGACAUGGUGCCCGACGAGGCGCUGUUCAUCAAGUGCUUCGACUCGCGCAGCGAGGUCCAGCCCGGCGUGGGCCGCCCGGGCGUCUCAGCCUGGACGCCGCACACGGCCUUUGAAGAUCCGCAGACGCCGGCCGAUGCCAAGGGCCGGCAGAGCAUCGAGGUGCGCUGCUUGGUGUUUUACGGCGAGGCUGAGCAGUAG